AUGUCUCGCCUGGUCGCCCUCUGCGUCGCCGCGGUGAUGGGCCUGGCGCUCCACGCUGGGCCCAGCUUCGUCUCUGGCCCCGCCGCGCGGCAGCAGCGGGAGACUAGCGUGUCCGCGGGCGUGUUGCGGAACAACCAGUUCGAGGACAUGACCGCCUACGACGCGCCCAGGCGCAAGCCGAACUUCAACGGCAUUCGCACGGGCCUCAGCGACCUCCUGAAGCCCCUCAACAGCGAGUACGGCGUGACCGCCAAGGAGGACAGCCCCGCCACGUACGUGGUGCUGGUGUUCGCGAUCGUGAUGCUUUUCCUCUUCUACACCCUGCUCCUUCUGAUCAACAACCAGUCGGUCCUGCUUCCCCCCGAGGACGAAUUCGACGAGUACGUCGCGAACUUCCUGCCGUACUUCUUCUUCGGGGAGCGGUGA